UUAAAAUUUCACUUGCCAAGGUCUGUAAUACUGUGUUUCAUUUCUAUUUUUUGAGAGACAAUACAUUUCCUUGACUCUAAAAUCAGUACCACAGUCUCAAUUAGGGAAUGGCUACAGAAAUAAGAUAUAGCCGCCUUACUUUUAAAAUUAGCUUAGACAUUCAAACUAAAUGUAGGAUUAUUCUGUUUUAUGUUGUGAUGUAGAAACAGACUUCACGAAACAUGAAACUCUGGAGUCUGAGUCAGGGAUGUCACACUAAGACUUCAAACUCAGUAUCAAUACUAGGUGAAAAUUUAAAUAACUACAAAAUUUAGAAACUCCACUUUGACAAACAAAUGUGACUCAAAUACAGUGAACGGUUUAUUUCCCUGUUUUGUACAAACUGAUUAGUUGCUGCUUGCCUUAUAAGAAGCUGUUGACAGACAUGCUUCAGUUCACCACUGCAGCCGUGUGCCAUGUUUUAUGAUUGCCUUGUGUUUGAAGUUUGUGUUUCAGACAGCAGAUUAGUUUUAUAUGUUAACGUCGGACCAAACAGAUAGUGAAGCAUACAGCUUUAAGUGAUUUGACAAGAAGAGAGAGGGCCGGUUGCUUUCUGGGACACAUGCAGGCUGUGGAGGAGUUCCUGAAUGAGGUGCGUAGCAGGGAGCUACCUCACAGCGCUGUGCUUGUCUCACAACCUACAGCUGUUAAGUUUCUUAUGGCCCGGAAGUUUGACGUCUCCAGAGCCAUCGAUCUAUUCCAGGCCUAUAAGAACACAAGAAUCAAAGAAGGCAUCAUCAAUUUAAACCCGGACGAGGAGCCCCUCCGCUCUGAGCUGCUGAGUGGCAAAUUUACAGUUCUGCCUGGUCGAGAUGCUAAGGGUGCCGCUUUAGCACUCUUCACUGCCCGCCUCCAUCGGCCGAAUGGCACCACCCAUAAGGCUGUCCUACAAGCCAUCAUCUAUCAGCUGGACAAAGCCAUAGAGAGUAUACAAACUCAAAAGGAUGGACUCAUAUUUAUUUAUGACAUGACAAACUCAACUUAUGGUAAUUUUGACUACGAUCUCUGUGUCAAGAUUCUCGAUUUGCUCAAGGGAGCGUUUCCAGCUCGUCUAAAAUGUGUCUUCAUCGUGUCUUCUCCACUCUGGUUUCGAGCACCUUUUGCAGUUCUUCGCCUUUUUGUGCGAGAAAAGCUGAGGGAAAGGGUAUGCACAGUGAAAGCUCAUGAGUUGGCCAAUCACAUCCCAGUCGCCUCCCUUCCAGAACAUCUGGGUGGGACAUCCCAGUGCAGCCACGUAGCUUGGAUCCAGUCCUGUGUUAACAUGCAAACCAACACCGUUCAGGGUGACACACAAGAACACGACGCCCACGACUGUGUGGGCAGCUUGUUGCGCUCCUACAGCCUAGACAACAGCAACACAAGCGUAGGUGCCACGCUGCCCCACACACACGUGAAUGCACAUUUGGGUACAGAGCGAGCCGUGGCUUACUCUAACUGCUACGGAGACAACAACGCUAACCCACACAACCACUUUGACGGAGUGGAGUGCAGGACUCGAGGCCUAAACCAGUAUCAAGGCUCAAAUUCUGGUGCAGACAAGUCGCAGGGGAACCACCAACACUGGAACGGUUCAGCGGUAAGUGCAGCCAACACCAGUGUCGGUGGUCCGAAUAUAAACAUAAAUGGCCGCGGCUGCCAAGUUCCUCUCCAGUCGGACACUCCCCUCGACACGUCCCUCUCACAUAAAGAUGUUGGACAUGCAGCAGGUGGAGAUGCAACAAACAGGCCCCAGAACGAGCCGGCGAAGGAGGGAGACGAGGAGGAAGGGGUGCCUCCGUUACCUCAGAAAUCUCUGCCUCGCCCACCUAACCAGCCUUCCUCGCAAUCCCCGCCUUUGUCCUCAUCAUGUGGUCCUGACGAUGAGAACCGCUACUCUGAGGUGUCCGUUCACAUGCCAGGCCAAGGAGGCACGACGGUGCGUGAGCUGGUGGAGUAUGUGAAGAGGAAGAAGAAAAGGGGGAUCUAUCAGGAGUAUGAGGACAUCCGCAAGGAGCCUCCAGCAGGCACCUUCGACUAUUCAAAGAAGCUGUGUAAUCAGAUAAAGAACCGGUACAGUGAUGUUCUCUGCCUGGACCAGUCACGAGUGCGACUCUGUCAGCUCUGUGAUGAUGAAGAUGAGACAUCGGAUUACAUUAAUGCCAGUUUCAUGGAUGGGUACAAGAGGAGCAACGCUUACAUCGCCACUCAGGGUCCUUUGCCAAAAACGUUUGUUGACUUCUGGCGAAUGGUUUGGGAACAGAUGGUACUUAUCAUUGUCAUGACCACCAGGGUUAUAGAGCGUGGACGUGUCAAAUGUGGUCAGUACUGGCCUCUUGACGAGGGCAGCACAGAACAGCAUGGAUACUUCUUGGUUAGGAAUACACAUAUCCAGGUGUUUCAGGACUUUAAACUCUCCCAUCUUGAGCUGUACAACACACAGUCUGGAGAAAAACGGGAAGUAUACCACUACCUCUACGUAAGCUGGCCAGACUUCGGGGUGCCUAAAAGUGCUUCUGCCAUGUUAGACUUCCGUGAGCACGUCCUUCGAACAAGAAAGGCUGCAGUCCACAACCUGGGAUCUAGCUGGAGGGGGCCUCCAGGGGGCCCGCCUGUGAUUGUGCACUGCAGUGCUGGCAUAGGACGCACAGGCACCUUCUGCACACUGGACAUCUGCCUCUCCCAGCUGGCAGACGUCGGCACAGUAGAUGUUCGUCAGACAGUUCGAAGGAUGCGAACACAGAGGGCGUUCAGCAUCCAGACCUGGGACCAGUACUAUUUUUGCUACACGGCAGUUAUCGAGUACGCUCAGCGACAUGGGAAACUGAGCCCAGUGCAGUGGUCGGAUUCAGACUUGGAGACUGACAGUGAGUAAGAGACUACACGAACAAGUCAGUCAACCUAAACAGAAGUCAUAAAAACGAGAAAGAUGAGGAGCAGCGUUUCAGAGCAGAGGGUGGAGGUGACCCUUUAAUCAUAGGAAACUGUGGAUGGUGAACUCCCAACAGUUGCGCUUCCUUCACACAAGUGGAUGAAAGGAGACAAGGAGCAAGAAAUCGAAAUCACAGUGCUGUGGAGAAAAGACACCGGUGAACAAGCUGGCCUGCCAUUAUCCAAGCCCCCGUUUUACUUCGCAAACUACAGGGGUCUUGGCCUGCCGCUUAACCUGCGUGUUGACAGGAGCAUCGUACAAGUUGUAGCAUUUUUUUUAUCGACUUGCACUUGAGGAAUGAAAAACUAACUUCGUUCUUGAAGCCCUCCAUACUCAAGUGUUCUGUUUAUUUUUAUUCCUUUUCAGCUCUGAACAAGUCUGAUUACACAUAAAAAUGUGGAGUGUGAAAAGAUGAAACUUGAAAACAUACAUUUCUUCUUAGUUUCAUGAUUGUUUUUUUUACUUUAAGAAGAAAUGGUUGAGAGUGUUUUUAACUGAUUACAGUGUGAGCCAUUCAGUUCAUUUUUUUAAAAAAUGUUUGUCAGUUUUAUUUUUCACGACACAUGUUUUGAUGUGCGCUUCAUAUUUAGACUAACGUUUUAAAGCCAAAGUACUCACCCUUGAAUGCUUGGAUGUAUUCCUUAUUGAGAUGUAAUCUGAAACCCAUCUAUAUUCUUUGUAACAUACAUGUAUACAUUAUUGUUCAUAAUAACAUUGAAAAUAAGAGCAUAAAAGCCUUGUUAUAUAUAAAUGACAUCAUUUUCAGAAAGAAAACCUGUGUAGCGAGCCAGGUUACAACACAAAAUGUGAUUCUGGUUGGAAACUCAUGGGUAUGUCAGGUCUAACAUCAUCUUUGCUCUCUGGGCGUUCAAGUUGGACGUUCUCAAGUAAUUUGGCCUUAACUCGAUUCACUGCCUCGUAGUACUCAGAUUGAAAUGAAACUUUAAACUCGUUUUUCUCCUCUUGUUCCUGCCUGUUUUUAAACGUUCCUCCCUCUAAAUCACAGUUGUUUUAGAUUCUUGAGGCGCAUUCUGUCUCAAUUUAAUGUGCCUUCACGUUUUUCCCCGAGAUUAACGUCUCCCACAUGAGCAGAACCACCCAAUCUGGUGCACUCGCACUGCACAUGUUAACUGUCACAUCAGACACGUACGUUUUGCCUAAUGUCCUUUACAUAGUACACUACUUAAAAAAACAAACAAACAAGUAGUGAAUUAUCUAGUGUCAAUUCUGGUUUCAGACAUGGAUGUUAAUUUAUUAUUUCACCUCAGGGGGCAACUUUAGUUUUUUUGUUUUGUUUUUAGUGUCAAGAUCAGAUUCUGGGUUUGUAUCAUAACCUACCAUUAAAAAAAAGUCAAGUUUUUGUAUUUUUGCUGUAUUGUAUCCUACUGUAUUUGUCUUUGUUUUUCUACAGUAUCAAAAUCAUUGAAUGUUGGUACAAAGCUACAAAAAACAGACCAGAUAUUUAAUUCAAUAAGCUGAACAAAUCAGGUGGGGUCUGAAAGUUUUUUUUUUUUUUUUUUUUUUCGGGUCGACCGUGAAAUUUAGGUAGAAUAUGUCACUUGUCAUAGUAUUUUCUGUACUAUCUUGUUUAAAAAAAGUCUAAAUUUUGAACUAUAAACAUGAGUUUACAGUUUUCCUGUUUUUAGAGGAUAUUGUAGAGUUAUUUUAUAAGAACAACAUUAACAACUGUCUCAUAUGCAAAGGACACAGCAAAAUAAAAGAACUGUCAUAAGGUGUACUUUAAAAAAAAGACAAAGCUGUCAUUUUUGUUCACGUAGAAAUAUAUACGAAAAUAUGAGUUUAUCAGCAUGAAAUGAGAGCCUUGAAUGUUAUGGUAAUGGUGUCAGAUUUUAGUCGAACAUAAUAUUUUCUUGUGAAUGUGGACCCUGCAACCCUCCAAACCAAAGGCUAGGCUCACCUUAGAGAUAUAUAUAUACUUAGUUUUUCUUUCACCUCCCCACAUCGUUUUCAGCCUACUUGCAUGGACACUACCUGUGCAGUCUUGCAUCCUUCGACACAAAGACUCCGGAGCACCUCGGGAACAUUGCUAACAUUUAUAGCUGCAUAAUAGGAGAGUGUGUACAUGCUCUGUGCUUUUAAUUUCUUUUUUGUAAUUAUUUUGUAAGAAGAGACAGAAUGCAAUGUGGAUUUGUCAUUUUUUAUAUGUUUUUGUGCUUUAAGUUCAUGUGAUUGAAUGAUGGCCUUUUACAUGCUGUCAGCCCAGCUGUCCCAUUAAAACAAUGGUCUUAAUAUCCUGAUUGAA